AUGCCGCCGCCGCCGCAGCUGCCCUCCGAUCACGCCACGCCCCGGCCGCGGCCCAGGCCCCCGCCGCCGGCCGGCGAGAGCUCGGUCCCCGUCCACGCCGCCAAGAGGGCGCCGCCGCCGCCAGCUCCCGCCGCCGCCGCCAAGAAGAUGGCGCGCCCGGCGUCCGCGCCUGACCUCACGGCGCUCCCCGCCGCCGCCAGGCCCAGGCCGCGCCCCGCCCUCGACGCCGGCCAAGAACGGCGCCCCGGCCAAGGGCGGGAGCGGGAGGCCGGCGUUCAUGAGCGCCGCGCGGCGCCCAGACCGUGCCGCAUCCUGCUGUGGCUCCGCGCGCGGGUCGUCUCCUCCCCCGACGCCUACCACUGCACCAUCAAGUACGCCGCCGACCUCAGCGACAUGUUCGCCGGCAAGAUCGUCAACAAACCCGCCGACCACGUCCGCCUCGCGCCACGCCCCACGACCGCCAAGCCGGCCAAGCCCAUGGCACCGGCGCUCGAGGCAAAGGAGGAGGCGUCGUCAUUGCCACGACGAUGA